AUGUCGAAAGUAGCUACAAAUUUCAUAGAUCAGUAUAAAUUAACUCCUCAAAUGAGUAUAGCUAAGCUUAGUACUUAUUCUGAAAAAAUAUGUAAAGAGUUAAAAGAUUAUAAAGCUCGUGAUCAUGCUCGAAAUAGAAUCCAGAAGUUAGGAUUUAGCAGAGAUCAGACAUAUGCUUUAAUUCCUAUACAAACUUCCGGAAGGCGU